UAAAGACGUAAAAAAUGCAGUCAUGUUAAACAAACAUACUGUGACUCUCAACGAAUUACCAUGAGGUGCUACAGUUGGAUUAUAUUUUUGCUUCUGAUUAUCAUCGAAAACUUACUUGCCGCUAAAAGUAACACGUUUAUGGAUGCAGUCGAAAAAUUCUUUGGCGCCAGAAAUAACAAAUGUGAAAGUAACAAUUAUAAAAACGAUCCUGCCAUUUAUCCGCAACUGAAUGGAUAUUUGUACAACUUGUACACAUCGGUCGCUUUCGCUGGUAACGAAAUCUUCAAGGUUGAUCCAAAAGGAAACGACAAACUUUUUGUUAGAACAACAGACGACGGUAAAUGUUGCAGAACAUUAAAUUUUAUGUUAAGCAAGGAGUAUGCCACGUACAAUAUUACAAGUGGAGCAGAUUGUCCAACGAAACUCGUUGACAACUCAGCCCGUCUAAAAGUAAUAGUCUCAAAUAAAGACACCGAUGGUUCGUGUUGCAUCAUUAUGUGGAAUUGUCGUAAAUCACGAGAGGGUGUUCAUGCCUUUUGCGAUAAACGUGAAGUAUCUGAAGAGCAAAGUAAAUGGAUUCGUAAACAAUUCGACAAGUUGGAUUUGACAGCACUACAAGUCAAACAGACUGCCGAUUACAAUGGAGGAAAAUGUUUUCAAUAAUGACCGUUCUUAUGAUCAGAGUUUUGUCAUGAGUUUUCAAUCGAUUUUUAAAUAAAAAUUGAGUAUUCAAGCAACGAUUCUUGGUUCAUUUGACUGUAGGCCUAUAAAAAAACGUUCC